GACCUUGAACCUUAACAACAACAACAACAACAACAAUAAUGGCGGCCUCCAUGAAGAAAUAAUUUCGCAAGAUUUCACCAGAUUUUCAAUAUGGGAGACCUCUCGAAUUUUGACAAGGGAAAGCUGACAGCGCCUGUGAAAACUAUUGAGGAGAAAUGGAAGCUUCUGCCCUCAUUCCUCAAAGUAAAGGGGCUAGUCAAGCAGCAUAUAGAUUCCUUCAACUACUUUGUCAACAUUGAUAUUAAAGACAUUAUGAAAGCUAAUGAUAAAAUUACAAGUGAUGCUGAUCCAAAUUUUUAUAUCAAAUACUUGAAUAUCUACGUGGGUAUGCCUGAUGUAGAGGAAGGGUUUAACAUCACAAAACCUAUAUCACCUCAUGAGUGUCGUCUGAGAGACAUGACAUACUCAGCACCCAUAACAGUGGACAUUGAGUACACAAGGGGUAAUCAGCGUAUUGUCAGAAAUAAUCUACCAAUAGGAAGGAUGCCAAUUAUGUUAAGAAGCUCUAAUUGUGUUCUAAAUGCAAAGAGUCCUGCAGAGAUGGCUAAGCUGAAUGAGUGUCCAAUGGAUCCUGGAGGCUACUUUAUUGUAAAAGGUGUAGAGAAAGUUGUAUUGAUACAAGAACAAUUGUCAAAGAACAGAAUGAUUGUAGAUACUGAUGUAGGGAGGAAAGGAAGCGUCAUUUGUUCUGUAACCAGUUCCACCCAUGAGAGGAAGAGUAAAACAGAUGUACUUGUAAAAAAGGAGAAGUACUACCUUAAACAUAAUUCUUUCUCAGAGGACAUUCCUAUAGCAAUUGUGUUCAAAGCAAUGGGUUUCGAGUGUGAACAGGAGUUUGUUCAGAUGAUAGGCAGUGAAGAGGAGGUUCUUGCAGCCAUAGCUCCUUGUCUAGAGGAGUGUCACAAGGCAGGGGUGUUCACACAAUUACAGGCAUUGAAGCAUAUUGGUAACCGUAUACGACAGCGGCGUCCAAUGUGGGGAGCAGCAAAAAAAACUAAGCCAGAAGAAGCACGAGAUGUUUUACAUGGUGUAGUGCUAGCUCAUGUCCCAGUUGUGGAAUGGAAUUUCAAGUUGAAGGCAGUAUAUCUAGCAUUGAUGGUACGUCGUGUGAUACAAGCUCAGUGUGGGAUGGUGAAAGCAGACGACAGGGAUUACUAUGGUAACAAGAGAUUGGAGUUAGCGGGCUCACUAAUAUCACUGCUGUUUGAAGAUCUCUUCAAGAAAUUCAAUGCUGAGUUAAAGAAGAUAGCAGAUGUGACCAUACCAAAACCUAGAGCAGCUCAGUUUGAUAUUGUAAAACAUAUGAGGCAAGAUCAGAUAACAAAUGGACUGGUGCAUGCCAUAUCUUCUGGUAACUGGACUAUUAAGAGAUUUAAGAUGGACCGGGCAGGUGUAACGCAGGUACUGUCAAGAUUGUCGUAUAUCUCAGCCCUCGGUAUGAUGACAAGAAUAUCUUCACAGUUUGAGAAGACGCGUAAAGUUAGUGGCCCCAGAUCCUUACAACCAUCACAGUGGGGAAUGUUGUGUCCUUCAGAUACACCAGAAGGAGAGGCGUGUGGUUUGGUGAAGAAUCUUGCAUUGAUGACUCACAUUACAACAGAUCAUGAUGAGGCUCCCAUCACCAGACUGGCAUUUAACCUUGGUGUUGAGGACAUACAGUUACUGAGUGGGGCAGAAAUCACCAGCAAGUUUGUUUAUAUGGUCUUCCUUAAUGGUAAUAUUCUGGGAGUGAUACGAAACUAUAAGCGACUUGUAUACACUUUCCGGCUGAUGAGAAGGGCAGGAUACAUUAAUGAGUUUGUGUCCAUAUGUCCAAACCAUUCACAUAGAUGUGUGUAUAUUUCAUCUGAUGCUGGAAGAGUAUGUAGACCUUAUAUAAUAGUCAGCAAAGGGAAACCAUUGGUGACAACCAAGCAUAUACAAGAGUUAUCUCAAGGCUUUAGAUGUUUUGAAGAUUUUCUGAAAGAAGGUCUGGUAGAAUAUCUAGACGUAAAUGAAGAAAAUGAUUGCAUGAUUUCACUGUAUGAGAAAGAAAUUAAUCAGAACACAACACAUCUUGAGAUUGAACCAUUUACCAUACUGGGUGUAUGUGCGGGCUUGAUCCCAUACCCACAUCACAACCAGUCUCCGAGGAACACUUACCAAUGUGCUAUGGGUAAACAAGCCAUGGGUACAAUAGGUUACAACCAAAGAAACAGGAUAGACACAUUAAUGUAUCUGCUGUGUUACCCACAAGCUCCACUAGUCAAGUCCAAGACAAUAGAACUGAUCAAUUUUGACAAGUUACCCGCAGGUCAGAAUGCUACAGUGGCAGUGAUGUCUUACAGUGGAUAUGAUAUUGAAGAUGCACUUGUUAUUAAUAAAGCAUCACUUGAUAGAGGUUUUGGUAGAUGUCUGGUAUAUAGAAAGCAGCAAUGUACCCUGAAGCGCUAUGCCAACCAGACAUUUGACAAAGUUAUGGGACCCAUGGUUGAUGCUACAACACGCAAACCAGUGUGGCGACAUUCAGCCCUUGACUCUGAUGGAAUUUGUGCACCAGGUGAGAAGAUAGAGAAUAAGCAGGUGUUUGUGAACAAGUGGAUGCCCACAGUGACUAACAGUCCUCUUAGUUCUACAGACCAGGAUAAACAACCAGACUAUAGGGAAGUUCCUAUAUCGUAUAAAGGACCAGAGCCGUCAUACAUAGAAAAAGUGUUAAUCUCAUCCAAUCCUGAGGAAGCAUUCCUUGUCAAGAUGUUGCUACGGCAAACUAGACGUCCAGAGAUAGGAGACAAAUUCAGUAGCAGACACGGACAGAAAGGAGUGUGUGGGUUGAUAGUUCCACAAGCUGAUAUGCCUUUUUCAGAUCUGGGUAUCUGUCCAGAUAUUAUUAUGAAUCCCCAUGGUUACCCGUCUCGUAUGACAGUUGGAAAAUUGAUGGAACUGCUUGGUAGUAAAGCUGGCGUAUUAGAUGGAAAAUUUCACUAUGGAACUGCAUUUGGAGGAGACAAGGUUGUGGAUCUCUCUGCAGAUCUGAUAAGACAUGGAUUUAACUAUCUUGGUAAAGACUAUGUCACUUCCGGAAUAACAGGAGAACCACUCUCUGCUUAUAUUUAUUUUGGGCCUAUCUACUACCAAAAGUUGAAGCACAUGGUUUUAGACAAAAUGCAUGCACGUGCAAAGGGUCCACGUGCAGUAUUGACCAGACAGCCUACAGAGGGUAGAUCACGUGAUGGAGGCCUUCGUCUAGGAGAAAUGGAGAGAGAUUGUCUUAUUGGAUAUGGUGCUAGCAUGCUGUUGUUAGAGCGUCUGAUGAUAUCAAGUGAUGCCUUUGAAGUGGAUGUUUGUGAACAAUGUGGUCUUCUGGGAUAUCUAGGAUGGUGCCAGUAUUGCAAGUCAUCUAAGAAUGUUUCUACUCUAAAGAUGCCAUAUGCCUGUAAACUGUUAUUUCAAGAACUUCUGUCCAUGAACAUUGUACCCAGGUUAUCUCUGAAAAGAUACAAUGAAGUUUAGCAGGGACUAAAAACAUUGUAUGCAGAUUAUCUCUGAAACAUUACAAUGGGUAAUAGUAGGAAACAGCUGUAGAAGCGACAUUGGUGAAGAAAGCAAGAAUUCCUAGCCAAGGUCAAGGUGAAGGCACACAGAAGAAUUUGAGCUUUCAUUAUAUAUGUUGGUGGUGUCACAUGAAUGAAAUUUUUGAUGAAGUAUUAUGUUUUGAAAAAAAGACUGUCCAGGAUGGAAUACAGCAUAUUGUAUGUAGUACAAAUAAUGUAUUCUUAAGGAAUGAUGUCAGCAAGGAGCCCUCAAACAGUAAUUUGGGAUUUACUCCAUGUUGACAAUUUUGACAGAGUUGCCAUUUUCUGCAGGCUGAGAUAUGAUAAUUUUUCAUCCUUUGCAAUAAUUUUGUUGAAUUAUUAUUGAUAUUGAUUAUAAUUGUAAAAAGAUUACAAGUUGAGACUUUUGCCUCAGUUGUGUAAAUUACAAAUAAAGCUGUUAAAGGUU